GAUGAGUGACGAAAAUGAAUCUCAAGCUUUUCCUCAUAAGCGUGCUCCCCGCCUAAAUGAGAGAAUUCUCUCAUCUAUUUCAAGAAGAUCAGUUGCUGCUCAUCCAUGGCAUGAUCUUGAAAUUGGACCUGGAGCACCACAAAUUAUGAACGUUGUAAUUGAGAUACCCAAAGGAAGUAAAGUGAAAUACGAGCUCGACAAGAAAACCGGUCUCAUCAAGGUUGAUCGUGUUUUGUACUCAUCAAUGGUCUAUCCUCAUAACUAUGGAUUCAUUCCUCGAACACUAUGUGAAGACAAUGACCCAAUGGAUGUUCUUGUUAUUAUGCAGGAGCCUGUUGUUCCUGGUUGUUUUGUUCGGGCCAGGGCUAUAGGCUUGAUGCCUAUGAUUGAUCAGGGAGAGAAAGACGACAAGAUCAUUGCCGUUUGUGCUGAUGAUCCAGAGUACCGUCACUUAGUUGAUAUUAGCCAACUUCCACCACAUCGUUUAACCGAGAUCAAAAGAUUCUUCGAAGAUUACAAGAAGAACGAGAACAAAGAGGUGGAGGUGGAUGAGUUUUUACCUUCAGCUACAGCUGUCGAUGCCAUUCAAUAUUCCAUGGACCUUUAUGCUGAGUACACUCUGUACACCUUGAGGAAG